AUGGAAGCUGUACUGGGUCUUGGCGACCAGGGCCGGGCUGCCGGAGCGGAGGGGGCAGCCUCCGUCGCCUCGCAAGGGGGGCGGCGAAGGUCCCCCCAUCGACGCACGGGGACACGACCAUUCGGAGGAACAGGCGGCGAUAGCGCCAUAAUAAUGCAAGAGCUGCGCCACCGAGUCCAGAACCUGGAGCGGCAGCUUGCCGACAGGGAGCGGGACGGACGCUCUACCGAUCCGAGCUAUACCCCGUCUCCCGGAAGCGAGGAGGAAGACUCUUACCGAAGCCGCCCGCGGACGGAGGCAGAGAGUUCGCGGGAGGAGUCACCCAUAAUGAGGAGACGAAAUGACACGAUCAUCUACUCCCGAGGCAGACCGACCCAUCGAGCGACAAGAGGUCGCGAAGACGGAAGAACACGACAACCUGUGAUAAUGGGCGCCACCUCGUUCCACCGAUCUAUCCUCGAGGUCCGGCUGCCGAGACACUUCGACAAGCCAACGGACAUGAGGUACGACGGAACUCAAGACCCUCUAGAACACCUGACGGCCUUCGAGGCCAGAAUGAAUCUAGAGGGAGUAGGCGACGAAGUGAGAUGCCGUGCCUUCCCGGUGACCUUAGCAGGACCAGCGAUCAAAUGGUUUAACGGCCUCCCUCAAGGUUCUAUCUACAAUUUCUCAGACAUCAGCCGCGCAUUCCUGGCUCAAUUCACAACGCGAAUAGCAAAGGCCAAGCAUCCUAUCAACCUUCUCGGGGUAACCCAAAGACAGGGAGAGCCGACCAGGAGGUACUUAGAUCGGUUCAACGAUGAAUGCUUGGAAAUCGACGGCUUAACCGAUUCGGUGGCCAGUCUUUGCCUGACGAACGGCCUCCUUAACGAGAACUUCCGAAAGCACCUUACAACGAAAUCGGUUUGGACGAUGCAUGAAAUCCAAACAGUGGCCAAAGAAUACAUAAACGAUGAAGAAGUCAGCCGAGUCGUGGCUGCCAAUAAGCGGCAGUCUGGUUACGGCCAGGCUCGUCAGUUCGGUGGCGAUGGGGAGAGGGCGAAAGAAAAGGCCAGGGAGGAGGCGCCAAACAAAGCACCUAGACCGUUCCCUCGAGUGGGGAAAUUUACUAACUACACUCCACUCACCCUCCCCAUCAUGGAAGUCUACCAACAAAUUGCGGAGAAAGGAAUUCUCCCGAAGCCCCGACCACUCAAGGACCGCACAGGCGGAAACAAGAACCUUUAUUGUGAUUACCAUAAGGGAUAUGGCCACCAAACGCAGGACUGUUUCGACUUGAAGGAUGCAUUAGAGCAAGCGAUAAGGGAAGGAAAGCUGGCAGCGUUCUCCCAUCUCAUCAGGGAGCCGAGAAGGCGUUAUCGCGACCAGGACGAGGAAGGCAAGACACGCCCGGUCAAGCGGCGACAAGAGCCUGAAGACAGAGACCACGGCCUCACGGUGAUAAACGUGGUAACGGCAAAGAACACUGCACCAAAAUCCCGGUCGGCACACAAGAAAGACGCCAAGGUUCUGGCGAUCUCAUCUUCACCAGUGCAAAGUACCAAAAAACCCCCGUCCAUUUCUUUCGGCCCAGAAGAUCAAUGGUUCAGCGACGCCCCGGAAAACCCUCCCAUGGUCAUCACGGCCAGAGUAGGAACCGGCCUCGUCAAACGGAUCCUUGUCGACACUGGGGCCGACUCAAACAUCAUGUUCCGAAACGUGUUCGACGCACUGGGGCUGAAGGAUGCCGACCUGACGACCCACCAGCACGGGGUUAUCGGGUUAGGCGACCACUUCAUCAAACCAGACGGAGUCAUUUCCCUACCGAUCUCGGUAGGAUAG